UGGCAAGAGCUCUGAGAGCAGAAGUCUCUUUUUAGACAACGACGAAUCAAGAACUCUUAUUAUGCCUUGUUUUGUUCAACAAAAGGCAACAACAACAACCACCACAAGAAGAACUACAACGUGAAAUCCACCUUUAAUUAUUGCAAUAAUAAAAUCCAUUUUACCUGGAAUUUCUUCUCCACAUUUCUAUAUCGUUAAAUCUGUCAAGCUGGCGUCGUUAAAGAGAAAUAACAAUAAUAUAAGCAAUUACAAUAAUAAUAUAAUGUGGAGUAGUACAAUAUCGCCAACCAACUCUAAGAAACUAUUAAUCGGUAGCACACGAAGCGUUGAUUAUGUCGGUGAUAGUGCGAAAACAACAACAACAACAACAAUACCAACAGCAGCCAAUAUUAAAACAACGGGAACUGGAGCAGGAGCAGGCACAGGCACAGGAGCAGCAAACAAAGGAGCAACGGCCAAAGGACAACAAAAAGGAGCAGCAAACACAACCACAGCGAAUAGCACAACAAAAAUCUCAAUUGAAAUGGAGCUACAUAUACAAAACAAGUGCAUCUCGGCAUAGCGUAUCACUCUGGAGGGUGGUGCAGAGCCGCCAUGGCUGCAGGGCCCCCCUUAAAGCUGCAUUUUUGGGGGCUACUGGCGUCGGCAAAACAAGCAUAUUACAGCAAUUUUUUUACCAUGACUUCCCAAAGACUCAUCAGACGACAACGCAUCGGAAAAUCUAUAAAAACUGUUUGGUCUGCGAUACAUGCAUACGGGAGCUGAUGGUACUGGACGUUCCACCCCAGAAGCGAUUUCCGGCUGAUAACUUUGCUGAAUGGAAUAAUGGACAUCCGCUGGGGUUGCGAACGGUGCACGCCUAUGUUCUAGUCUACGACAUGGGCAAUUUGGAAACGUUUCAGUACUGCCGCUCCAUAAGAGAUCAAAUCUUGGACAGUUUCAGUCAUCGUGAUUUUAGCAUAAUUGUGGUUGGCAAUAAAUUUGACAAUGUGACUGAGGCGCAGGCCAACUCGCAGGAACUCAAGGACAUUUCCACGCUUGUGCGUAAACAUUGGCGUUGUGGAUAUGUGGAGUGCUCGGCGCAAUACAACUAUAAAAUCGGAGACGUUUUUCGUGAGCUAAUGGGAUGCAGUAGCGGAGGCGUCACUGGGACGACGGGUGGAGGAGGUCUCGUUGGCACUGAGUUCUCACAAUCAACUAGGAAUAAAGGACGCUGUACAAUACUCUAGCAAAUGCUGCAUAAGUUUUUAAAGCAAACAUUUUGAUCUCUCGCGCGCAGACAGCAGAAGCUGAAGAAGACGAUGGGGAGCAUCGCUGGCAAACAUUUUCAGUUGUUCAGUUGUUCAGCAGUUGAACUGGGACAAUGGGGCGUAUGCGUAUUCUCCAUAGAAAAUAACAACGGCAACAAUGUUGUAUCCCCUGCGAACGCUUGCUGAUGCAUAUUUUAGCAUAUACUUGUACUUAUAAGUGUACAUGCAUACACACACACGUACAUACAACAUACAUACAUACUAUUACAUAUUAUAUUUAGUAGUCGACACACUUUGCUGGUUGGCUCUCAGACCUUUUAUCUACUACCGCUCUACCGCUCGCUGCUUCUUAUUCUCACUCGCAUUUUCAUUCUCACUUCUCCGUCUUUGUCUCCCUUGUUGGUCAUUUUCGUUUGCUGCUUUUGUUUGGCAUUAUUAGAACAUUUAGCUCGUCGCUUUCUUUGAGCCAUUGCACAGCAGACAACACACACAGCUGCAACAUUUUUUGGCUAGCAGCUAACUUUUUAUGUAUUCGCAUUCGCAUUCGCAUUUGCAAUUCAAUGCCUCAAAAAGCUGCUCAACGCUGCAGCUAUGAAUAUGCAAAGACAACAGCAAGUUAAAUGAAGAAAAUGCAUAAGACAUUUUCAACAAUGCUGCCAAUGGAACAUUUUUCUUUUUUUUUUCUAUUUACAUUUGUCGUUUUUCGAUUUCGUUUUCGUUUUUUAUUUGUAAGUAAUAGGCAAUUAAUCCCACCAUAAUUUACAAUACAUUUUAUGAAUGAACAAAUAAACUUGUUAUUAACAAACGUAGAGAAACAAAAACCAAAUUCCAUUAGUAUUUACGGUAUAACGGUACUUAUACGGUAGCUAUCUUUAAGAGAUAAUCUAGUUAUAUAUACAUACAUAUAUAAAAGAUUCAUUAACGUUGUGAUCAUUUCAAGAAUUAGUUGUUAAGCAGGUGUGACGCAAUCGGAACGCCAGUUGAGGUCAAGUAAAAUUAUAUAGCCCUUUAAUGGUUACGAAGUAUAUGAUACCUAUUUUUAAGCUUAGCCAGAAUGAAGACAGAAGGGCUCGACAAAUAAACGACAACUAAUGAGUAAUGCAAUGAUGCUGUGGAAAUUGUUUAAACGCAGCAAUCCAUUCAAGAAAAACUGCCCAAAAGCCUGAAUUAUAUCAAAUAAAUAAUACUUUGGAAGAACGUUGAAACUUUAAUUUCUUCUUAAUCGUAGGCCAUAAUAGAAAAUUCUUAGAUAACAAACUGGAAUUGUUGCUUUUAAACAAUUUCUAUGCCAUACAAAUCGGGAUAACGAAUAUAUUGCAUUAAAUAAAGCCUUAAAACAAUGCAACCCCAGAUGUUAUUCAUAAUAAUUAAAAUGAAAAUGGAUUAAUAUUAUAGUUAAGAUUAUUAAGAGAAUUAUUUGAGUAAGCGCACAAAAAUAAAAACAAUUGUGUUAUUAUUUUUAGUGUUCUUUGAAAAUAUUGAACAAACAAAUACAACAAAAAUACUUUUUAUCCAAAUUCGGAUUUGCAUAAUUUGUAGAGUUGAAGAAAAACACCUUGACUAUGAUAGAGACUAGAUCAUUAGAUAUGUGACAUACAGACAGAUAUGUUUCCAUAGUAAAAUGCUGACGUACACACUUUAAAUAGAACUUAACAAUACUUUUACACUAUUUUCACAACAAAAACAACAACAACAACAACAAAUCUACGUAACUCUAUACCGAACUCUUUCUUUACCUCAAACAACACUCGAAAGAUAAGCAAUCAAGUCUGACUUUGUACAUAGAGAUUUCAAGAACUUUACUAAACUGCAAAGCUCUAAAAAUAAACACGUAUGUAUAAUCAACAAGAACAACAGCAACAACAACAGCAAUAUGUGUAUAUUUAUGAACAAGAAAAUCAUCAUUAACAUUCCUAGACAUACAUAUGCUAUAGACAACUGGGCUGACUGCCAAAAUUCAAGUUGAGUGCUCAGAUUAGGUCUCGCGGUUAAUCAAACUAAUUAAAUCGGCAUUCAUUACAAUUUCUCAAGUGGAAACGUAAAUUUUUGGAAUUUAUUAAAGGGUAAAUAAAAUGCAUAGGCAAUAAUAAUAAUUCAAUUAAAAAUCGCAAGAAUAUUUAAUAUACACAUUAUACAUACGAAAAUAUAUAUUGUUGAACAUAACAUUAAAUAUCAAAUUGUAGCCUUGGGGCUUUGAUAACAAUAUACUUAAUCAUAAUAAUAAUAAUAAAGACGAAAAUAUAAAUAUAGAAAUUUUAGAAAUGUGCAGCCAAAUUUGUUGACUUGUUGAUGAAGUGUGUUCAUUAGAUUCCAAAAAAAAACAACAAAAAACAAAAGAUGAAAUUUCAUAAUUCAAAAGCAAAAGCAAAUUAACUCUCAAAAUGCUGAAAGUCUUAUUUCCAUUGUUCACAAGUAAAAACUAGAAUACGCUGACAUCGCGAUGUAUGAAAACAUACAUUAAUACAUGCAUACAUUCGUACAUUCUUACAUACACACACACACACACAUACAUGUAUAUGCUGUAUUUGUAUUGUAUAUAUGUAUUAGAGACUACGUGUAUAUGUGUUUGGUUCGAGUUUUCUUUUAUGAUUUUGAACAUUUACGGAUUCGUCAAAAUGGCUGUUAAUUUUUGGAAAAAAGAAAAGAAUAAUUUAAUAAUGCUAAAUGCUCAAAACAAUACACAAUAAUAAACAAAAACAAAAAAAACACAAAAUAAAUUAAACGAAACACAAAAUUUGCUGUUGAAUUAUAUUUAAGCAACGCGUUGCCUGCAACAGUAAAACUAAAAUAAUUAAUAUAUUUGUAGUUAUGUAUUUGAAGAGUAAACAAAC